CAAACAUUUGAGAGUUAAUUUGGCAAGUAAUUGUAAUUUGUAUUGAAGAAACAAGCUAUUUAAAUAUAAAAGUACAUACGUAUUUACGUGAACAUGAGAACUCGUUUCCUCCACGGCAUAUUUAUCUCAUGCAGAAUAAGCCAGCUAAAUUUUAAGCCAUUGUUCAAUGCUUACCUAUUAUCAUACUUGAUUUCCUAGUACAUAUGACGUAUUUGUCGUAUAUGUACUGGGAAAUGGAAAAGUAGUAAUCAUUCUGUCGGGCAAGGUAUAUAAUUACUACUUGAAUCUGAGACACGGUAAUCGGGAUCAGAGAGGUCAUCAACAUUUAGUACGGCUAUGCAAAUACAUAUUUAUAUUCGCAAACUGUAUCUAAAUCGCUGAUUGUGUAGUUUUGCACAUCCAAGCAGUAAAAGGCAGUUCUGAGUUUAAUAUUAUUAUUAAUAACAAGUAUUCGUACUUAAUUUAGUUGAAUUAUAAAUUAUGAAACAACGAAUAAAAUAUUACGUAAUAAGCUGCGUGAUUUUUUGGAUUUUCUCUGUCCAAGGGGAACCUUCGGGAAAUAAUAAAAAUAUUUCUGCAUCCGAAGAAGUUUUGACAACUAUUAAACCGGAAGAUGUUGUAUCUGAUGUUUCCCCCAAUCUGGAUAGAAUUUCGAUUGUAUCACGUAUAAAUCCGGAUAGUGUCACGCUGCGACUUUUUCGAUCUAUAAAGGCAGAAAAAGUGGAAAAUUUAAAGAGUAACGACACUGAUGGAUUGGACAAUCUUUUUUAUCGCUCCUUAUCCCGUGAGAUUUCCAACACCACAAUGUUUCUCCAAGGCACAGAUUUUAGCGCUUCCUCAUCCAACCUAUUCCUGAACGGUUCUUCUACGUCAUUGCUCCAUACGGCCUAUUCCGCCUACAAAAACCAUAACAACCUCGUCUUUCGCCCAGACGACAUUUGGCUCGCCAUCUUAACCCAGUUCUCCCACUAUGUCAACAAAAACUCGGAAGAGUUGAGACAUUUAUUUGUUUCAUUUUCCGAAGGGAAGAAAGAGCUCUGGGUCAAUUAUACCUCAAUUACCGUCGACAUCGUCCCUUUCGAUGAUAUGAUCGACCAAAUGGUCGCGCUUGUCGAAGAAAACGUAAAUGCCAACUUGUCGUCAUGGAUACUACCAAAUUUUUCUACCACGACAAAAAACGACAUUGUCACCUCGGGAAGCAUUUUCUUGGCUACGGUGCAGAAAUAUUUCGCCUACAAUUUAUGGCUCAGCACAUGUGGGAUUCCGAAUCUUACUUUGUUAGGAAGGCGAGAAGAUUGGGUCGAAAUUAGAAUGCGGAUCGAUAAAUUAAGAAAGUUUGAAAUUUCCGGGGAAACCCUGAUGAACAAGUGGGCAUCUCAACUUUCCCUAGUUUUGGAUGAAUUUGUCAAAGUGAAAACGACGGGUGAGGUGGAUCACGAAUUUUGGGAGGGUAUCGUCCAACAUGGCCGAUAUUGGGCAGUAUGUACCGCAAGGGACUUUGUGGAUGGAUGGAUAACUGCUUUUACCCCAUUUAACAAGGAUGGGGAAUGGAUUGGGAUGCACCUCAGCUAUAGGUACAAAGAUUAUUGUGAAGCCAAAACUUCGGUAAAUUGGUCAGCGAAUGCUGGUGAGGAUGGGAAAUGUCCCAAAAGGGAUAAAAAGUGUCGUCUUCACAAAAUUAACCAGGAAUACAACAAAAAGUUGGACAGUCCUUGGAAUACGAUUCAUAUCGAGGAUUUCCUAGCUGUGGAAAAUCGUGUCAAGUUUCCUCUUAAAAUCAAGGAUGAUUACGCGGUAGACUUGAAAGAUGGGGUGUAUGAAGGAACUGUUCAUGCAGGAUACAUGGGACAUGCCGUGGAUAAGGAUGAAGUCACUUUGAAGCCGAUAAUGGGUUGGGUUGUAGCGUUACAUGGAAAACGGCCGGGAUAUUUGAAUUUGAUGAAGAAGAACAAGGUCAUAUAAAAUUUGUUGUAAAGUAUAAUGUACUGGCUGAAAUUGAUAUACUUUUUAUAAUUUUUUGUACAAUUGUUGCGAAAUGUAUUUGGUUGUUGGUUUAUGAAGAAUUGUUGAUUAUCUGGAAUAACCACGUAUUUUUGGACUAAUUUGUCUUCAGCAUUGUAACCAUUUAUUAAAAUGACAAACCGGGAAACAUGACACUUUUGCUUCGCAAAGUAUUAUCCGUUUUGGAAGUCAGAGGGACCGGUUCAAAUUUAAAUUCAGCCCGCUCCCAAUGUUAAUCAAAUGGGCACGUGCUUUUCGCGCGAAAAAAUUCUAUCCCUCUGACUUCCCUGGCCUGCAAUACAGACCACAACUCGCGCUUAUUUAUUACAAAGAUAAUGUCUAUUAAUGCUUGUCGUAUUAAAUUUAAAACUAAAUUCAUGCAUAUAUUUAAUAGUGUGUCGUCCAUUCAAAAUAAAAUAAAUAAAGAUGGACUACAUUCGGUUCGCUAAUUCAUUUGAUUUUAUGAACUAAAAAAUGAAUUGUAGCUUCUGACUUUGAUUUGCAGACUUUACGACAUUUCAGACAUUUGAAGCACUGCAAUUAAAGAAAUAAAUCCGGUAUUCAUCAAUA